AUGGGGGUCUUCGUGGCGUGGGUCGGGGUCGCCUUUUCUGUGUUCUGCGUGCAGCAGGGGGUCUCCUCCCAAGCAAAAUUCACUGAGUUUCCCCGCAACGUGACGGCCACCGAGGGGCAGAAUGUGGAGAUGUCCUGCGCCUUCCAGAGCGGCUCGGCCUCGGUGUACCUGGAGAUCCAGUGGUGGUUCCUGCGGGGCCCCCAGGGCCCGGAGCCCGCGGCCGAGGUGGCUGGCGCCCAGGCCGAGCUGCUGCCCGACCGCGACCCCGACAAGGACGGCACCAAGAUCAGCACAGUGAAAGUCCAAGGCAAUGACAUCUCCCACAAGCUCCAGAUCUCCAAGGUGAGGAGGAAGGACGAAGGCCUGUACGAGUGCAGGGUGACGGACGCCAACUACGGAGCGCUGCAGGAGCACAAGGCGCAGGCCUACCUGAAGGUCAACGCCAACAGCCACGCGCGGCGUAUGCAGGCCUUCGAGGCCUCGCCCAUGUGGCUGCAGGAUAUGAAGCCCCGCAAGAACGCCUCGGCCGCCGCCGCGCCCAGCAGCGCCCACAGCCCCGCCGGCCAGCGGGUGCCCUCCACCGCCAGCCCUCACGCGGUAGCCAAAAUCCCCAAACAGAGUCCGCAAUCAGCAAAGAGCAAAUCGCCUGUAAAACCUACGGAGCGGACAGCAAAGUUGACCCUAAACACCAAGCACCACCACGCACCCACUGUAGCCUAA